GGCUCAGUAAAGGAUGAAGCCCAACCCAGCAGGCUCCUCCGCAGAAGCCUGCCAAGCUGCAGGCCAGAAGGAGAAGAGCUGCCCUGUCUGCCAGGCCUCGGGAGGGGGCUCCGGCCUGGGGUCUGAGUCAGGGCCUGGCCUGAGUUCUGGUGCUGUGUCCAGACCUACUCCAGGGCCUGGUGCUGCUCCGGGACCUGGUGCUGCUCCUGGGCCUGGGCCGGGACCUGGUGCUACUCCAAGGCCUGGUACUGCUCUGGGGCCUGGUGCUGCUCCAGGACCUGGGCCGGGACCUGGUGCUGCUCCGGGAUCUGGUGCUGCUUCGGGACCUGGGCCGGGAUCUGGUGCUGCUCCGGGAUCUGGUGCUGCUCCGGGACCUGGUGCUGCUCCGGGAUCUGGUGCUGCUUUGGGACCUGGGCCGGGAUCUGGUGCUGCUCCGGGAUCUGGUGCUGCUCCGGGACCUGGUGCUGCUCCGGGACCUGGUGCUGCCUCGGGAUCUGGUGCUGCUCCAGGACCUGGUGCUGCUCCGGGAUCUGGUGCUGCUCCGGGACCUGGUGCUGCUCCAGGACCUGGUGCUGCUCCGGGACCUGGUGCUGCUCUGGGACCUGGUGCUGCUCCGGGACCUGGUGCUGCCUCGGGACCUGGUGCUGCCUCGGGAUCUGUACCUUGGCCUGGGGUAGGGCCUGGGAUCAGACGUGAGUCUGGGACUGGUCCCAAACCCAGUGAGCCCACGACAGCCCCAUCACCAGCAUUGCAGCAGAAGACUCAAUCCACACCUGCGCAGGCCCCGAGACAGAAGGUUCUGGUGACUGGAGGAGGAGGCUACCUGGGCUUUAGCCUCGGCUCCAGCCUGGCCAAGAGUGGCACUUCUGUCAUCCUGCUUGACCUCCGCAGACCCCAGUGGGAGCUGGUCCCAGGGACUGAGUUCAUCCAGGCUGACGUCCGAGAUGAGGAAGCCCUGCUCCGUGCCUUCGAAGGGGUGGACUGUGUCUUCCACGUGGCCUCCCAUGGCAUGUCUGGCGCCGAGAAGCUUCAAAAAGAGCAGAUUGAGUCUAUAAAUGUCGGUGGCACCAAACGGGUGAUCGAUGUUUGUGUCCGCCGGCGAGUUCCAAGGCUCGUCUACACCAGCACCGUCAACGUCGCUUUCGGCGGGAAGCCCAUCGAGCAGGGCGAUGAGGACUCCGUGCCGUACUUCCCGCUGGAGAAGCACAUGGACGACUACUCCCGGACCAAAGCCAUCGCCGACCAGUUGACCCUCACGGCCAACGGCACGCCUCUCGCAGGAGGAGGCACUCUACGCACCUGUGUACUCCGGCCCCCGGGGAUCUAUGGCCCUGAAGAGCAGAGGCACCUGCCCCGUGUGGCGAGCCACAUCAAGAAGAGGCUGUUCAUGUUCCGAUUCGGGGACCGCAGGACCAGGAUGAACUGGGUCCACGUGCACAAUCUGGUGCAGGCGCACGUGCUGGCGGCUGAGGCCCUCACUGCGGCCAAGGGCUACGUGGCCAGCGGGCAAGCCUACUACAUCAAUGACGGGGAGAGCGUCAACCUGUUUGAGUGGAUGGCUCCGCUGUUUGAGAAGCUGGGGUACAGCCAGCCCUGGAUCCAGGUACCUACCUCCUGGGUUUACCUGACAGCCACGGUGAUGGAGUACCUGCACCUGGCCCUGAGGCCCAUCUGCAGCGUCCCGCCGCUGCUCACCCGGAGUGAGGUGCACAGCGUGGCCGUCACGCACACCUUCCGGAUCGGCAAGGCCCGCGCCCAGCUGGGCUAUGCUCCGGACAAGUUCAACUUCGCGGACGCCGUGGAGCGAUACGUGCAGACCACGGCCCCGCGGCCCCGCGGGCCCAGGGCGCGGGCGCUCCUGCGGCUGCUGCUCGGGCUGCUGCUGCUCCUCGGGCUGCUCGCCGCGGCCCUGCACUUCCUUCGCCUGCAGCCGUCAGUCGUCUGACCAUCGGCCGGUUUGUCCUGGCCCCGCCUCUGCUCCACCCUCCGGCCUCGGACCGCCCCUGCCCGUUCCGGAGCCAUGGCCACGCCCCUGCCUGUCCUCUGGGUCUUGGUCCUGCUUCUCGCUCGGGCCCGGCCCGGUACCGAUGAGGUCCUAGCCUUAGGCCCGCUCCGUCUGACGGGACUUCUCCCCACCCCUGUCCAGUCCUGGGUCGCCCCGGUCUCCCCUGCUUCGGUUCCUUCUUUUCCUGGACCGAGGGGUGCGCCUGAGCCCACCCUUGUUGCUCCUCCCUCUGGAUCCGGCCCCGCCCCUCUCCCACGUGCCCUACCCUGGCCCCGCCCCUCCCGCUCUGGCUCCACCCCCUCCAGCCACGCCGCGGGGGUGAGUUCCGGGGGCCUGGCCUCCGCGGUCGGUAGUGGCAGGUGCAGGCUGGGGAGCUUGCAGAGUUUUCAUCGUCCGCUGCGGCCUCUAUGGGGACUGCACCCUCCUCGCUCCCCAGCUUCCAGGGCUCGUCCUCAGAUGCUCCGGGAUCCUGGUUCGACCCGUUCUAGCAGCGCUGCGUCUGAUCGCUCCCGCCUGGGCUCGCUCACUCCCGCCUGGGCUCGCUCACUCCCGCCUGGGCUCGCUCACUCCCGCAGGCCCCCGCCCCGUGUGUUGAUACCCCCGCGUCUGCCCAGCACGACCUGGCCGUUUGGGUUCCGGUUUACGCGUCCGGGGGUGACUCGGCAUAGUAAACACAGUACUAGCGGCGACAUUCAAAACAAACAGAAACGUUUUAAAUAAUUAAACGUCUGGAAAAAGUACCGAUAUGGUUAUAAGAGGAAGAAUUAGAACUUGGUCCUAUCUUAUAAUUUAGUAGUGCUUCUGUUUGUAAAGGAGACGGCAGUGGUGGUCACCAUAAUCUUUGGUAUUUAAACCCACAAGAUGUCUUCAUCAGCCUUGCUCCCCACGGAAGCGGCGCCUCUCCCAUGUGCUGGUGUGGACGCCAGGAGCAGUGUGUAAAUACUCCAUGGAUAUCACAAAACCCACCCGUGAAACUGGCCGAGCAAACUAUGGAUCCUGGAAAAGAGGAAA